AUGGAUGAACUAUUAUUAACAAGACUGAAACUUCUCGCCACUCAAAUAGAAACUCUCUCGAAUCAAGCUCUUAGUCUCGGCUCUCUGAACAAUGACUUAAUCUACAAUGCAGAAGUAAUCAAGACUAAAUUGCAAAACCUAUCGACGAGAUUAAACGAUGAUUUAAAUAAUUACUUCAGGAUGGUAAAUGUUCCCGAAGUGGAUGAAAUUAGUGAAAUUAGUGAAAUUCAGCUCAAGGCGGAAGAAAGUUUAGCGGAACUAAUUGUAAAAUUAAAAAUAUUCCAGAAUAAAACGGAGAUUUCAUCGACAAAUAGGACAGCUGAUACUAUAACAUCAUGUCGUCUACCUAAACUGAAUCUUCCAGAAUUUGAAGGGGAUAUAUUAAGCUGGCAUCAAUUCUGGGAUCAGUUUCAGUCGAAUAUCGACAAGAGAAAUAUAACAGAAGUGGACAAAUUAUUAUAUCUUAAAUCCUCGUUGAAAGGAGAAGCAAGAAAGGCUAUCGAAGGUCUUGACACAACGAAUAAGAACUACAGCAUUGCGAUUAAAACUCUUAAAGAAAGAUAUGGAAAGGAUUCUCAUCUAGUUGAUGCUCAUUACUCGGCACUUUCGAAGGUGGCUACAACCGAUUCGACAAUAACGUCAUGUCGAGGAGCGCUCAACGAGAUAGAGAAACAUUUGAGAGUUCUUGAGUCACUAGGAGAAAACGUAAACCACAACCAUUUACGUCAUCUCAUAUUCAGUAAAUUUCCUGAAGAUCUUAUUUACGAGCUGAAAUUGAAAACCAAAGAUGAUUCCAUAAGCGAAAUACGAAAGGAAUUGGAAAAAAUAAUCACGGCUAGGGAAGAUGCUAAUAGAAUUACUAAUGGAAGCAACACUAAGGAAGCGGAAAAUUAUACGGUUGAAACUUUACAUGUAACUCAGGAAAAUCGAGGAAGAAGUCAUUACAGAAAGGAUAGGAUACCACCUAGAAGAGAAAUUAGAAAAAAUAAUUGGCAAACACCUGUUGCGAGAAUAGAACCUCGAAGUUUUCGUAAGAGACGGUUUUCACAAUGGGAAGAACGUAAAGAACGGAGGGAAGAUACAACAUCAAAGGGAAGUAAUACGACAGAGGGUGAAGUUGUCUCGAAGAGGAUGAAAGUAUCAUGCGUGUUUUGCAAAGGCGAUCACUACAGUGACCUUUGUGAUAAAUAUAAAACAGCCAAGGAACGAAAGUCACGGUUAGGAGACAGAUGUUACGGAUGUCUCAUGAGAAAUCAUCGUAUUGCGCAGUGCUAUAGCAGUAGGAAAUCUUGCUAUUAUUGUAAAAAACGUGGUCUACAUCACAGAGCAUUGUGUCCUCAGAAAUUUCCAUCUAAAACCGAAACCACCACUCUAACAGAGGUUGACAGAAGAUGA